AUGAAACAAAGCGAUGGCAACUCUCGCUCUUGGGCUACAGAGGCGGAAAUAUUAGCGGCUUCAACAUUAUACGACGUAGACAUAUACGUGAAACAAUACAGCAAUGGAUGCUUUAGUUGGCUGCGAUUUCCUGUCGAAAGAGAAUCGCCAAACCGGAAGUUCAUUUGUAUGCGGCUUGAAAACCAGCACUUUGACUUUAAUCGGCAGCAUGAAAGACCUACGUCCGUGAUUACAAAAGAAACAACACUCUCCUCGGAGGAAAUGCAAACCACAUGGUGCAUGGCAAAAACAAAGACGAAACAUGACGAAAACAAAAUGAGUGUUGUUAGCAACCUGUCAAAGAAGACGUUAACUGAUGCUCAGAUAUCCCUGCUUUCGAAAGGACUGAAGUUCAUACCGACUAGAAAAACAAUAGACAAAGGAAAAUUACUUACAGACUUGUCAGCGUGGGAACGCCGUAUGCGCUUAAAAGAAUAUUUCUAUUCAGAAGACGCUGAACAUAGAACCAGGGAGGAUGAGCGUCAAUACAAAAAGAAGACCUCGACGUGGACUCCAAAGGCUGGCCGCGACAAAUGGCUGGACACAUAUAUACAAGCGGUCAAAGACGACAUCAUUUGCGGAUUAAAACGAAAAUUUAAAUAUAAUCUAAGCAAAUCUGAAGAACAAGCAUUCAAAGAAUUACUCCACGACGAUGACAUAGUAAUUCGCCCUGCCGACAAGGGGUCGGGGAUAGUGAUAAUGGACAGGGAAGACUAUGUCAAGAAGCUGAAGUGUGAAAUGUCGGACAGUGAGACAUACGUCGCGGUGACGGAUGAUAAAACAAAGAUUGUGGAAAACAAAGUGAAGAAAGUGGCCGAUACCCUAUACAAGAAGGGGUCGAUCGACAGUGACCUUAAAAGGUAUCUCACCAGCGGCGGUGGAACUUCCGGUAAGCUUCAGGGCAACCCGAAGCUUCAUAAACCUGGGAUGCCUCUCCGCACUAUUGUAAACGGCCGAAAUUACCCGACAGAGAAGAUGGCGGAAAUAGUGGAGAAUGAAUUACGCGAUAAUGUGACGUCACUUCCGUCGUAUGAAGUGAAGGCUCUUUACCCCAGCGUACCAAGAGAAGAAGCCCGUGCUGCAGUAUUUGAAGCUCUCAAUCGGCGAGUGCAACCGGAAGUACCAACCAACGACAUGAUCACAAUGAUGGACACUGUUCUAAAUAACAACACCAUUUCAUUCAAUGGAGACCACUACAUGCAAAAUGAAGGAACUGCUAUAGGAUCGCACUUAGGAAUGAAUUACGCAUCGACCUACAUGGGAGCCUGGGGGACAGAGUUAUUUUCAAAAUCAAACAAACAUCCAAUAGCCUACUUCCGGUUUGUUGAUGAUGUUUGGGGCUUGUGGACACAUGGUUUGGAGGCACUAAAGACAUUCCAUGCGGUUGCAAAUGAAAUCCAUCCACGAAUACAGCUAGAGCUCCGUUACUCCACAGAGCAGCUCGAAUUUCUAGACACCAUGACGUCUAUUCGAAAAGGAAGGCUGGUUUCAGACCUAUAUACCAAACAGACAGAUCGGCACCUCUACCUGCACAUGGACUCGUCGCAUACCGAGUCUACGAAGAAGGCCAUUCCGUACGGCUUAGGUGUGAGGCUAAAAAGAAUAUGUUCGGAAGAGACGGACUACAAAAAACACAGAGAUGAGAUAAAAGAGCAACUACAGAAGCGAGGAUACAAUGGCCGAUUCGUCGAGACAGAGCUGAAGAAAGUUGAUAACAAGAAGCGAGAAAAUCUGCUGCAUACAAAAGUGCCUUCAAAAAAACUAAUUCCUACGGGAUUCGACAUUAAAUGGAAAAUGGAUCUUGAAACCAAUAGUUAUGAGGCCGCCAGCGUGUCAGACAUUUUACACAAAGCAUCGCUUUCUCUGAUGUCCGAAAGUGUCGCCGUCUGUGACCGUGUUCUGAAAGAAGCUCAACAACAGAAAAUGGACUAUGAAACUAAGCUUUCAUCUCUUAUCAGUAAACCGCAAUUUGACAAGAAACUUUGUGAACUUACAGACUUCUCAUUAAAAAUGAAAAUUGAUCUCCUCAGAACUAAAAAACGAAAACUUAAAUUACUCCGAACUCGGAAGAUAAGUGCAGACGAUCAGUGUCUUCUUUUGAUUGAAAAAGAUGGAAACUGCUUUUUCCGGUGUAUUGCAGCAGGAAUAUUCGAUGAUCCUGAGAAACAUGAACUUGUAAGAACUUCUGUACUAAUCACAUGCUGGACAACGAAUCCACUUACAAGAACUAUAUUGAUGGUGAUUACGAUGUACACAUAA